CGUCUCUUUUCCCCCACCGUUUCCACCACCUUAAACCAUGCCAUCAGGGGCAUCACCACCCCUACCGCCGCCACAACGAACACCAACACCAACAAUCACCCGUACCAAAACACCCACCGUUAAACUUUUAGGUAAGUACCAAUUGGGUCGCCUGUUGGGCCGUGGAAGCUUUGCAAAAGUUCACGAGGCAACUUCACUCGAGGACAGCAACGGAGUUGUGGCGAUUAAGAUUAUAGACAAGACAAAAACACUUGACGCUGCCAUGGAAUCGAGUAUAACCCGGGAAGUUUCAGCUAUGCGCCGUCUACAACAUCAUCCAAACAUCCUUAAAAUCCACGAAGUCAUGGCAACAAAGACUAAGAUCUACCUCGUCAUGGAACUAGCCUCAGGUGGUGAACUUUUCGCCAAAGUGUUACGCCGUGGCCGCUUAGCUGAACCAGCCGCACGUAGGUACUUUUCACAACUCGUUUCUGCCCUCCAUUGCUGCCACCAAAACGGUGUCGCCCACCGUGAUUUGAAGCCACAAAACCUUUUAUUAGACCACAAUGGUAACCUCAAAGUUUCAGACUUUGGUCUCUCAGCUCUACCCGAACAGCUAAACAACGGGCUUCUACAUACAGCUUGCGGAACACCGGCUUAUACGGCUCCUGAGGUGGUUCGGAGGAAAGGGUAUGACGGUUCCAAGGCGGAUGCUUGGUCUUGUGGGGUCAUUUUGUUUGUUUUGCUGGCUGGUUAUUUACCCUUUGAUGAUAGUAACUUGGUGGCUAUGUACAAAAAGAUUCAUCGUAGGGAGUUUCACUUUCCAUCUUGGAUUUCAAAGCAACCAAAAGCUAUAAUAUGGCAGCUUUUAGACCCGAAUCCCGAUACGAGAAUGAGCAUAGCAAAGGUAAUGGAAACUUCAUGGUUUAAGAGAAGUUUAAUGACAUUUACGUCAUCAAACAACCAACAAGAAAGUUUGUUACAUGACAGGAAGUUAAAACAUGAUAUGGUUUGCAAUGGAGUUAAUGCCUUUGAUAUAAUAUCUUUAUCUUCAGGGCUGGAUUUGUCAGGGCUUUUUGAAGGAGGGAAUCAUAGUAGGAGGAAGGAAAAGAGGUACAGUACUUCGAUGAUGUCAUUGGAUGGGGUGGUGGACAGGGUUGGGGAGGUUGGGAACAGAAUGGGGUAUAGAGUGGAGAGAGGGAAAAGAGGGGUUGUCGGGUUGGGGAAAGGGAGGGUGGUGUUGCUGGUGGAGGUGGUGGAGAUUGCAGAGUCGUUUGUUUUGAUGGAGGUGAAGGUGGUGGCAGGUGGGGUGGAGUUUGAGGAAGGGCAGUGGGUGGAUUUGGAAUCUGGCCUUGGAGACACUUUUGUUUCUUGGGAUAACGAUGCUGUAAGGUGAUGGUUUUGUUUGAAAUGUACAUGGAACUUUUUCUCCCUUUUUUUGGUGUAUUCUUUAGUGUUGUUGGAGUUUCUUUUGGUCUGAAUUUAUCAAUGUAAAUGAUGAAAAUUAUAAUGAUAUUAGUUGUUAGCAGCUGGAUAAAAG